AUGAUGCGCUUAUGGAGAUCAAAAUUCGACUCCCUCGAUGAACGACGAUACUCAUCCCGGAUUAAGAAUACGACUCUGGCGGGGGUUGAGAUCGUAUAUCCCUCCUCGACUGGUUGCGUCUUACAUGCCAACGAGGAUAUCAUUAGGCGAAAAGAGAACGGUCGUCCGGUAGAGAUGCAGCCUGCGACUUCUAUAACCACAACUACUACCGCAAGCCGAAGGACGAGCACAACUCUUUUUGCCGACGAUGGCAAAGUCAAUUUCUCCGAAUGGUUUCCAAUUUACCAAAGUUGUAUAGAACACUUCGUGAACGUGGCACAGCAUCGACCCUUGAUUCAAUCAUUUGCAGCACAUAUCAACAUUCUUCUUCCAUAUCAGCGUACGGCCGAUAAGAUUCUUAACUCGUCCGAGUCAACCAAUCAGCAGUUACCAUUCUCUCUCACCCGCUACAUCCGCCGCCUUGUCGUCACGGCCACAGAUACACCAAACAUCAUGCAAGAUCUCUUUGGCGCCAACUGGAUCCAAGGCGUCGGCACAAUCCACUCACAGGAACGAAUAAAUUACCUUUUCGCCGCGAAGAGUAGCGGAUGGCUCCAAACAAAGGCGCAGUACGAUGUACUACCGUAUGAAACAGUUCCCUAUCUGAGGCCGUUGCGUGACCCACAGGAAGAAGAGCUUCGAGUCGCGGAGUCGCUUUGGAGUCAAUGGUUAGCUAUGGAGGAUUGGAUGGUGGGAUCGCGUAGUCCUUUUGAGGAGGAUUCGUUAGGGAAUUAG